CUCAUGUACCACGGUGAGCUGAGUGCUGCGGUUUGUAGAUGGAGAAGUCUUUCAAAGUAAUUGGAAAGGAUCCACCAAGGACCUUCUAAGAUUCUUUGAACUUGGAGACAGAAAGACAGUACUCACAUUUCCAGCCAGGCCAGCGGGAUCAUGUCCACCAGCCUGACCACUUGUGAGUGGAAGAAGGUCUUCUAUGAGAAGAUGGAGGUGGCAAAGCCAGCUGACAGCUGGGAGCUCAUCAUAGACCCCAACCUCAAGCCCAACGAACUGGGCCCGGGCUGGAAGCAGUAUCUGGAGCAGCAUGCUUCAGGCAGGUUCCACUGCUCCUGGUGCUGGCACACCUGGCAGUCGGCUAAUGUAGUCAUCCUCUUCCAUAUGCACCUUGACCGCGCCCAGCGUGUUGGUUCGGUGCGCAUGCGCGUGUUCAAGCAGCUGUGCUACCAGUGCGGCACCUCACGGCUGGACGAGUCCAGCAUGCUGGAGGAGAACAUCGAGGGCCUGGUGGACAACCUCAUCACCAGCCUGAGGGAGCAGUGCUACGACGAAGAUGGUGGCCAGUACCGCAUCCACGUGGCCAGCCGACCGGACAGCGGGCUGCACCGCAGCGAGUUCUGCGAGGCCUGCCAGGAAGGCAUCGUACACUGGAAGCCCAGCGAGAAGCUGCUGGAGGAGGACGCUGCCUAUACCGAUGCCUCCAAGAGGAAAGGCCAGGCCGGUUUUGUCUACAACUUCUUCUCAUUUCGCUGGUGUCUGUUUUGGGGUACCCUCUGCCUGGUUAUUGUCUAUCUGCAGUUCUUCCGAGGCCGCUCUGGCUUUCUUUAGGGAAGCUGGUUAGGAUGGGGGAGGGGCGGGGGGAGG